GGGACAAAGGGGGGUGGAAAAAGAAAAGGGGGGGGAAUGAACUACAAACACUAAACACUACACUUCAAUGUUUCCCUUCAUACUAUCAUAAUACAAAAAUAGCUCCAUAGGAUAAUGAUGGAGUGGUUAAUCAUACAGAGAAUAAACAUUUCAAAUUCUGAUUAAACUUUCCUCCCCCUUCUAGGUCCCGGACGCAAUUCUCUCUGUGCAACUGCUGUUGCGAUGCUCUCCUCCCCCCCCCCCCCUCCGGCUCCUCCUUUUCUUCGUUCUUGGUGCAGCAGAGUUCUGGGUUUUUAUUCUCAAAAUCCUUUAGUUGAUCUUCUGAUAAUAUCUUAUAGGCCUGAUCUUUAUAUCUGAACCAUAUUCCUUCUGGGAAUAACCAUUUGUACUUUAUUCCACGGUCCCUCAGAAGAGCUGCAAACUUUUUAUAUUUAAAACGCCGUUUCCGGACUAGAAAUGGAACGUCCUUCAAAAUCUUAACUUUCAAACCCAUAAAGUCCAAAUCCGCAUUGUAUGAGUUAUAUAGGAUGGUGUCCCGAAUCUUUUUAGAUGAAAAGUCAAUAAUGAUCUCACGAGGCAACUGUCGCUUUGUUGCAUAUUUUGAAGAAGCCCGACGGACCUCCAAAAUGGCGCUUUUAACCUCUUCUUUAGUCGUCCUCGCGGGUGUCGCCAGUAAUUCCGAGACCACCUCCCACAGAUCCUCUUUUUCCUCCUCUUUCACGUUUUGGAGACGCAAAAUUGUCUGCAUUCGUUCCACCUGUAGCCCGAUCAGCUGGUUCUCCACCAACUUCAGCUCCUUUUUUGUAGCCUUCACAAGUGACGCACUUUCCAGAGCAGACUUUUCUGCCCCCCCCCCGCUGCUGCCUUAAUGGUUUUCACCUCGCUUUCAAUUAAGCCCACCCUUUGAUCAGUUUCGUUCAGCUUGUCAACAAAGGGUUUUAUAGCUUCCACCACCGCCCUGCGCACCAACUCUUCGAGCGACUCCCCCUUCUGCAAGGAUCUUUUUGAAGGAAACCAUUCUCUGCAUCCACAAUGCCUCUCAAGACCCCUCAGAGCUCCACUUCGGGUUCCCCCGAGCAAGGGGAUGUCUCCGUAGUCCUCGUGGGCAAGCCUGGCGUGGGCAAAUCAGCCCUUCUGAAUGCUGUGCGAGGGAUGAUGGAAGGGGAUGUUGGAGCCGCACCCGUUGGGGCCCCGGCUAAAUCAGGGUGUCCUGUCAUGUACCCUGAUCUGACCCACCCUAACUUACUGAUUUGGGAGUUGGAAAUGGAGAGUGAAGGACAAGCGGAGCGAUGGCUGGGGGAGGCGGACGUGUUUGUCGUGGUGACCGAUGGCAAGUUUGAUGAGGCGCACGCCCGUCUUGCUGGGGAGGUCCGAGCUGCUGGCAAGAAAGUCUAUUUUGCCCGUACCAAGGCUGACUUGGAGGUGCAUACGCUCAAGCGGCUGAUGCGCGAAAGCUACAAACGGUCCGAGGUGCUGGAGGCCUUGCGGGGGGUCUGUGCCGAGUCGUUGGGGGCUCCCAGCCUGGGGGAGCCCUUUGUCUUCUUGGUCUCUGCUUUUGAGCCCUACGCACUGGACUGCCCCCAACUGCGAGAAACGUUGCUGAAGGACGUACAAGUGUAUGAGAGGGUCCUGAAACCUGCUCGCUUAGGAUUUGAACUGAUCACCGAGAAGGAAAUUGCUGAGAUCCAGGAGGCCUACGAACUGGGUGGCCUUUCCGAGGUGGUGACGCGAAUCCAGUGCAGCCUGGAGACCAUCUGGAAUGCUCAGCUUGAUAUCGCCGUCACGGGAGAAUCCGGUGCCGGCAAAUCCACGUUUGUCAAUGCCUUGAGGGGCUUGAAUGAUGAGGAUGAGGGAGCAGCUGAGACGGGUGUGACCGAGACCACAGCCCGACCCACACCGUACGCCUACCCCAGUUACCCCAAUGUUAUCCUGUGGGACCUCCCCGGCAUCGGCACGCCCAACUUCCAAGCGGACCGUUACUUGGAAGCUGUGGAGUUCUCUCGUUACGAUUUUUUCAUCAUCCUCGGCUCCGAGAGAUUUAGGGAGAACCACAUCCAUUUGGCCCAAGCCAUUGUGGGAGCAGGCAAGAGGUUCUACUUUGUGCGCACCAAGGUGGACAACGAUCUCGACUCCAUAGUGAGGAGGAAGAACCCACCCACUGAAGAGGAAGUUUUGGAGGAGAUCAGGAGCGACUGCCGUGAAAAGCUGGCCAAGGCCGGGCUGGCAGACGCCAAGGUUUUCCUGCUCAGUAGCUUUGAGAUCAACAAGCUUGACUUUCACGCCUUCGAAGACACUUUGGAGCAAGAAUUGCCGAGCCACAAACGCCACGCCUUCCUGUUGUCCCUGCCCAACGUCUCCUCGGCAAUCAUAGAGAAGAAGAGACAACUCCUUCACCAGGAGGUGUGGAAGGUUGCCUUGAUCUCCUGCUUGGUGGCCGCCGUCCCUUUGCCUGGCUUAGCCUUCACCUGCGACGUCUCGAUCUUGCUGCGGAAGCUCUCCACCUACCGGCAGGACUUUGGCUUAGAUGCAGCAUCCUUGACACGGCUAGCGGAGCGCUCUGGGAAGCCCCUGGAGGUUCUGAGAGCUGAAGUGCGCAGCACUCUGGGCCGCACCAUCAACAAAGAUGUGGUGGUCGGGUUGUUAGGGAAAGCCACUGGUACAGGCUUGAUGGUGGCCGAAUUCCUUCUCCACCGUAUCCCACUUUAUGGAUCCCUGGCUGCCGGUAGUCUUUCCUUCCACUCUACCUACUCCAUGCUGAGCCACUGCUUGGAAGAGCUGGCCAGUGACUCCCAAAGGGUUCUCCUGAAAGCUUUUGACAGUGAAGUCUGAGGCGGCUAGAAUAUACUGACCCUCCUUAAGACCCUUUGCAACUGCCCUCCAGCUUAGCGUCAUCUCAACUGACCUCCACGUUGCCGCUUGAGAAAUCCACAAGGCCAGACCCUAGCAUGGCUAUAGCACGUUACUGGAAUGAAUGAAGCUGUGGUCGAGAAUGGUAGAGGAGGCAGCUUUCUACGUGCAGUUUUCUUUCCAGUAAAUAGAAGGUCUCACUCAUCCCUCUAACGUGUUAGCGAGGGGGAAAAAGAACCUAGAUCCUCUGUCCAAAGUUUGCCUGCCUGGAGAAGAUUCCCGCUUGCUACGGGCAGCCAGAUAUUCGGUUGUUUACCAGUCUGGUGCAAACGAUUUGCUUGAUUCCAAGGUGUUUUUUUUUUCAGAUUCUCUGGCUUCUUAGAACAUUCAGGAUAGUAGCAGACCUUGUGGAUGUUGUUGCUGUUGUUGUUUUAUGUGGUUUAUUUAUUCAAAUGUGUCAUACCUUCAGGCAGAGGCCCAUGAGCCUCGUGUUGCUGUAGGGGCAGUGAUCCAAUUCUCGGCGCUGCUCCCCUUAUUCUCUCUCACCCUGGCAUAGUUCCCUCAUUCCUCCCCUUCUGUUGUGCUCUGCCUGCCAUUUAUUUUAGGUGGGGGAAAGGGGCUUGCUGUAGAAUCCACCUUAGUAUUCUUUCCCUUUUGCGGAAACUGCAGCCACCGAGAAGAGGAGAAUGCCUAACAGCCACUCCACUGUCCCCCUAGUGUGUUUGGAUAACUAGCUGGCGUGGUGCCUGUUGAGUCUGUGGGCCAGCACAGUUCUGUGUCCAUGCCCUGAUAUCUUUGCUUCAAGGGUUUCAGGCACCGGGGCUGGAACACUCCUCUCUGUGCCUGAGACUGUGCAGAAGAGAUAUUGAUAGGCUUAGAGACCAACAAUCCACUUUUCUGUUGUUCAGCGGCGCUCAUUGCUGGCGAUUCUGAGCUGGUUUUGGCCCAUCGCCUGUCAGUUCCAAACCACUGCUCUUGGCUGGCUAAGCACAAAUGUACAAUAACGAGGAGAAAAUUAUUAAUAACAAGGGCAAUUAGUAUAUGCCUGACCAUAAAAACUGUGCAUGACUUUUCUCCCAUAGAGGCUGGGUUGUCUUCACUGCGUGCUUCUGCCUGCAGUGUUUUAGGAUGCCACGAGAGGGCAGUGCCUUGCAUUUGAUGGGGGGGGAAAGGCAGAAAGUUUGCCGAGCGGCAGAUGUUGCAGCUGGGCUGUUGGUGGCAGGUAGAACAGAGGGGAAGAAAAGCAUGAGCAAAAACACAUGCCAUCAGGUGACCAAUUUAUUUGGAUGCAACCCUCCCCUCCCUCGUUCCUCUCCAUGGUGCAAUCCUGCAUUCCCUGCCUUUGUUAAUAAAGAGACUUAUUAUGGAAAAUC